UUUUUUUUGAAAUUAGAUGAAAAGUCUGGCUACUAGAGAGCAGAAUCAGAAAAAUGCUGCCUAUAAUCUUGGAGUUGCUGAAGCUAUCAGAAGCCACAAGAAUGAGAAACCUGAAUUCUAUAAAUCCUUCUUGUUUGAUAAACGGCCACUCAGUCCUGAGCUGAAUGCUCUUAAGCAAGAGGAAUAUUCCCAAAGUCUCCUGAAACAAAUGGAUAACAGACGGGAAAAAGAAAUAAAGCAAAGACAAAACAAAGAGCUGAUGGACCGCCUAGAACAAGUACAACUCACAGAGGAACUUGCUGCGCAAAGAGCCAAAUACUUAAAAGAUAAGAUGGAAGAAACACAGUGUUACAAGAGAGCUUUGGAUGCACAGGUAAAGAACAAACCCUCGCAGCUGCCCAUGUUUGAGCCAGACUCCUCUGAGCCUAUCUUUGGUAAGGACGAGGGUGAGCUGAUGGCGGAAAAGCGAAAGCGCGAACAGAAUUACAUGAAGCACCAGCUGGAGACAGCUGCUGGCCGCAAGAGGAGAGCCAUCCUGCACCAGCUGCUGGACCAGAGACGGGACUUGCAGCUGCUUCAGAGGACACAGCGACAACACGUGGCAGACAGAGCUGCUGAGCUGGAGCGAGUGAACAGAAUCAACCAGUGCUUACAGGAGGACUGGGAAAGGAGUGCUGCGAUGAAGAAGCAGCGGGACCUGGAAGAGAAGGCUUUUGAGCGGGCUUCGGACAAGCUGUUCCUCCUGGACCAGUGCGCGGAGUACGGGCGCUGCAAGCAGUGCCAGAGGCGCACCUCCAACGUGGGCGCCAGCAACCUGUGGCCGCUCAACACGUUCCUGCACGGCUCCCGGCUGUUUGUGUAAAACUCCAAGGGUGGACCUGCGUUUCCUGGGGAAAGAUUUUAUCUUUUAUAUGUUUAGGGUGAUUGUGAAACUGCAUAUUUGUACCUCAGAGGAAAAAAUGUAUUGUUUGGGUUUGGUGCUUUUUAAACCCUGUCGAAUUCACAUCGGUGCUCCCCUCCUGCCUUCCUCUCAACCUGCUUAAUUUGCAAACCUGUCUCCGAUGGUUGUGAAGGUGUCUGAAUGGUCCUCAGGGCUAGAACCCACUGCCACUGGGGCUGGGAAUGGGACCCAGCUGCAGUCUGGCCGCUGGGGUGCUGCUGACCCACCCCGGCCACUCUUUCUGUGACUGUGUGUAAGAAACUUAAUCUUUUUUCAUCUGUAAUGAAUAGUUUCAUAAUAAAUAUUUUCAGAGUGUC